AUGGAUGUCGACGACCCUCAGGAGUCAAGUGGCGUAGGAUACGCAUCGCCAACCUCUAAAAUCGGUAGUAAAGCUCGGAUACUCGAAGAAGAUACUCCUCCGGCAGACCGGCACUCCGUACCGACCGCUAACGCACAGCGAACUACUAGCAACGCCGCAGUGUCUAGCGUGUAUGUCGGGUACGUAAUCACCUUUACUGACGAUUAUUCGCGCGGCUCCUGGGCCUAUGCUAUAAGAUAG